AUGGGGCCGGGGCUCCUGGGCGCCGCGCUGUUGCUGGUGGGGGGCUCUCUCUUACCCUGGGCGCACUGCUCGCUCUCCCAAAGGGGCAGGGGCGGGCGCGGCCCCCCUCGGGAGCAGGCGGCUGGUGGCGGGAGGCCGGAGGCCGCGCGGCCCGGGCUCAGGCAGCGGAAGGGGCCGGGCGCCCAGGAGGACAGGUGGUAUGCAGAGGGCAGUAUCUGUUGUGGAACAGCACCUCUUGUGGAUGUGUUGAAAGGGUCUCGGAUUAUAGGGGGCACAGAUGCUCAAAUUGGCGCAUGGCCAUGGUUAGUUAGCCUGCAGAUUCAAUCUGGAAAAAUUCUUGCUCAUGUAUGUGGGGGAAGCUUAGUGAAAAAUAGUUGGGUCCUCACAGCUGCCCACUGCACUAAGGACACUAGAAACCCGUUAAUGUGGAGAGCUGUGCUUGGAACUAAUAAUAUAGCUGGGAGACGUCCACACACCAAGAUUAUGAAAGUUAACGCAAUCAUCAUCCAUCCGCACUUCGAUUUGGAAACUUAUGUAAAUGAUAUUGCACUUUUUCACUUAAAAAAAGCAGUGAGGUAUAAUAACUACAUUCAGCCUAUUUGUCUACCUUUUGAUGUUUUCCAAGACCUGGAUAAAGACACAAAGUGUUUUGUAGGUGGCUGGGGAAGAACAUCAGAAGAAGGUAAUGCCACAAAUAUGUUACAGGAAGCGCAAGUGCAUUAUAUUUCUCGAAACAUUUGUAAUUCUGAUAAGAGUUAUGGGAAUAUAAUUCCUAUAACUUCGUUUUGUGCAGGUGAUGAAGAAGGAGUUUUUGACACUUGCAGGGGUGAUAGUGGUGGACCAUUAAUGUGCUUCUUCCCAGAACACAAACAAUUUUUUGUAAUGGGAAUUACCAGUUACGGAUAUGGCUGCGGUCGAAAAAACUUUCCUGGUGUCUAUUGUGCGCCAUUCUUCUACAAAACGUGGCUGACAGAUCACCUCAACCAGAUAAAGAAUAAAGGCAUAUUUAAUAUAAAUAUUCUACUUGGACAGGUCCUUGUCGCCUUAGGUUCUGUUGUCUUCCUAGCAACUCCAUAA